CGCGUCCUCCUCUGCGUCUCGUGUAGGGUCGCGAUCCGGCCGGACGACGGCAUACGACUACACUUCUGGCGGACGCACCGUCUCAAGGGCGAGGCACUCGGCCAGAUUGUCGACUACAGCCACGCCGCCGAGCCAAUCGCGAACCCGUAUACUGUGCCACUACCGGCCGACGGAUCGCCACAUAUAGAGCAGCUACCGGUCAUA